UCAAGCAGCCCAGUAACAGAAGGUAGAGACAUUUACCCAGGGCAAACUUCUACCAUUCAUUGUGACUUCCUGAAAUCUUAGUGCAAGUUUCAGCUCUAAAAGAAGAGUGGGCUCCUGCAAGAUUAGCAUGAAGCUGGCAUUCCUCUUCCUUGGCCCCAUGGCCCUCCUCCUUCUGGCUGGCUAUGGCUGUGUCCUCGGUGCCUCCAGUGGGAACCUGCGCACCUUUGUGGGCUGUGCCGUGAGGGAGUUUACUUUCCUGGCCAAGAAGCCAGGCUGCAGGGGCCUUCGGAUCACCACGGAUGCCUGCUGGGGUCGCUGUGAGACCUGGGAGAAACCCAUUCUGGAACCCCCCUAUAUUGAAGCCCAUCAUCGAGUCUGUACCUACAACGAGACCAAACAGGUGACCGUCAAGCUGCCCAUCUGUGCCCCGGGAGUCGACCCCUUCUACACCUAUCCCGUGGCCGUCCGCUGUGACUGCGGAGCCUGCUCCACUGCCACCACGGAGUGUGAGACCAUCUGAGGCCGGCAUGGUCUGCAGAGAGCAGCUAGCGGCCUCAGCCUCACAGACCCACCUGUGUGAGCAGCACAUGCAGUUAUACUUCCUGGAUGCAAGACUGUUUAAUUUCGACCACACCCAUGGAGGAGGUUACCUGUCGCCCCUUAGGUCCAGCUCAGGCAAAAGGCCCAAAUGCAGCCUACUUAUGCUAAAAGUUCAAAACAAUAUUCGUGCCUUCACCAAAAUAAUUUCUCCAGCUCACAUACCUGCAAAUUAAUUUUUCUUUGCCUUGAGUCUUGGAACAUAAUUUGUGUAUCACAAUCCUCCCCCAAUUUGGACUUAUAAUAUGCUAAUGAUUUAAACACAUUGGAUGUAAUUAGGAUAUGGGGCUGGAAAGUCUUUAAAUUCUCGUGUUCUAUUUAACCACUGAUCUCCAACCGGAUUUAUGAUUAAAGGGCUAGAAAUGAACAAAACCCAUGUACUAGUCUUCCUUACCCCAGAGGAAUUCCAGCUGCAAGCUUCUUUAGGGAAAAUGCUCCCUUCCCCUUUUAACUGAGCAAUUAUCUACACAAGAAAUAAGACUGCUCAGAUAUACAAAGAGAGUAGCUUCAAUGAAAAGAUGUUUGGAUUUGGAUAAUUCUUUUCCCUAGCAAAAUUCGCUAGCUCCCUUAAGAGUCUUAAUAAAGAGGCUACGUUGGGAUUAAAAGAAAAAAAAAACAAAUAAAAUAUGUAACUAAUAGCUAUCUCAUUUAGCCUUAAAACUUAUUAAACUAAACUCAUGUUUUAGAGUAUGAUGUUCUCCCAAAGCUAUGGCAAAAUGGCCAAUCACAAGUAUUCUUCCCCAUUUAUCAUAUUUUAAAUUUAAGUUGUAACUUACUAAACUCAGAAAUUUUGUAUGCGUUUAGGGGUAAAACUGCAUGGCUGGCUCAGAGGAAAAAGUCUGUGAUUUUCUAGCUCCUGCCUCUCUAAAAUCUUACAGUAGCUAAUUCUGUGGCUGGAAAAAACCUCCAAAACUCUAAUGUUAUGCAAAUGUCUUUAAUUCUGGCAUUUUUGAGGUUGAAUUUAACCUUGUUCCUUUUUCAUAAUGUGCCAAGAAAACCUAUAUUAAUGCCAAUAAAGCAUGUCCUCUGUCUUUUGGA